CGGUAAAUAUAAACAAAGCAAACUUAGUAACUAACCAGACAUGGCAACCAACAUCCGGCGCUAGUGAUGGGAACGCAGCUCCAUGGGAAUAGUCUACGAGGAUCUGCUCCACGAUCUUUUACAUUUUCGGAAUUUGUUCAAGCUAUAACCGCGUUGGAAGGUUAUACUCGGGGUUACGACUCGCGAAGAAAUGUUUUCCAGGAACAAAAAGAUCGAGACGAAAAUCGACGUGUUGUUGGACGAACCGUUGACCAGUGAAUCGUACACAAAAGUAGUGAUCGAACUCCUGAAGUACGUUCUGUACCAAAAGCAGCAAAUACCGUUCGCGUACGAGGCACUGGUUCAGUUCCAGACGAGCAUAAGGACGACAGAUAGAAACGCGGUGGCCAUCAAGACUUUAACGAAUACAUUAAAGAGUGUCUCAGAUAAUUUGUUCUCGCAAUUUUUUCUCGAGGACUGCGACGUGAGGGAAGUUGCCAUAUUAGUUGGUGCUACAGUAUCGUCACCAAAAUUAUGCAUCAGGAUAGAGCUUCCCUCGUAUAUUCUCAACAGCAAACAGCACAAAGAGUGUCAGCAUUCUUCGCGAAAACCCCUUAUAAAACUCAUGAGAUCUAUGCUGGAGUGUGACGAGUUUCAGGAGGCUAUGAGUAUACCUUCAAGUGUAACAAACACCUUUAUUAUGCUGAAGAAAAGAGACAAUAACCCAGUAUCAGACUUCUUUAUACCUAAACCACAAUAUAUAUUGCCUACACAAAGCACAAGUUGUUUCAACAUUAGACUGUGUCAGAAUGAUCAAGUGGACACACAGUGUACUUGCAGAACUCUUGUUAAAGUAUAUCAUGACUCAUGCAAGAUUCAUGCAGCAGAAGACAACCAUGAAGAUAACAUGCAGUAUAUUCAACGCGAUACUUCCACUCAAUGCUCAUAUCGAUGGUAUCAAUCCAAGCAAAUCAUAAAGGGAUUUAAAUAUCAUUCGUGACCAGACAUAUAAGUAUACCAUAUAACAAUUGUAGUUGAAAUUUCAUAUUGUUGCUUAGGACACAAGUAGACAAUUUUUCUACUUUAGAACAAUAACUGGAUCAAUGUCAAAUUUAUUUUAUAAUCGUAUAAUCAGAUAGUAUUAGAUAUUUUAACAUAUUUAAUUGUGCACUUGUUAUUGUACACAAUGACGUAUCAGAGUGACAAACACGAUCUGGUCACUAUAAAAUGCUACGAGGUCGUGUGAUAGAAAUUUCCAUUUAUUAUCAAGAAACCGACGUAGUUUGUAUUUUUUUUUACUCGCACAUGUAAACAUAAUGUAUGUGAUAAGUCUUAUGAGCGAUACAACUAUUAUGUAUCGGCUUAUAUAAUCAGUAUCGCAAUGCAAUUAUGAAAUCAUAGAAUAUUUUAUUGAUGUCUGAUUAAUAUUACCCCUUGUCCACAACUUUGCUUUAAUCUUUAAGCCAUAAGAUAUUGAUCAACCACAGUUGAUUAUUUUUAAAAUAAUCGAUUGUGGUUGGUCAAUU